AUGGGCGAGGAACAAUGGGCUAUUUUGUUUGAUCAUAUUCGAGCCGAAGACUACAAAAGAAAUCUCCAAACCUUGAACGAAUACAAUCUAUUCCUUGAAGAAUUGCCAUCUCUAAUAAGAAUAGGAUCCCAAAAUGGACUUUUGCAAUGUUCUAGAUGUCAAAGGAUAUCACAAUCGUCACAGGAGUAUGAUGAUUUGAGAUGUCAUGAGACAAAGUAUUUUCAUGAAAUAGAAAGAGUCACCUCGGUGGCAAAUUUACGAGACACCAGAGUGGACGUUGAGAUGUUGGAAAAAUUAUUCAUUCUAGUUGGUACAGAUUUUGAGUUGUUCCACGAGUCCAUCGCCAAAUUCUUUGAACACUACGAGAUUUACCUCUGUCAACGUUGUGAUAAACUAUCCAACAAACCUGAACAUUCGGGUCACCCUUAUCUCACUUCCUUUAACCACCUCUUGUUUCCCACACACAAGAAUCCAUUGAUACAUAAGAACUCCCUUCUUAUCACAAACCUAGCUCAACUGAAAGGAAUUGAAUUUGACUUGUUGGAAUUCUUUGAUGUCCUAAAGGAUUGCGUGGAUUCCAUGCGGCCAGCUAUGAUAUCCGGAAAAUGGAAUGUUGGCAACCAGGAAAUUUCUCCGGGAAGACGUAAUUUUUAUAACGGAAAUUUUGGAACUUCCGAAUGGGAACAAUAUAUUAAGAUCGAUGAAUUCCACCGAAGCAACGAGUCGCUCGAAAUCUACACCCAAUUUUUGCGCAAUCUACCACAGCGGCUUCACGAUCUAUCCUUGUUCAAAUGCUUAAAUUGCAAUGUUAUUUUCUUGAACGCAAAGAAACUCUUGAUUGGUCCCUGCAAUCAAACGAAUUUGUGGAUUGACAAACGUAACUAUCUCCCAAUAAUGCCUCAUAUACCGAAAAAGAUUGACAUGAUGGAUGUUUUUAUGAAUUCAAAAGUUAGUUUGAAUUGCUUAGGUGAUACUUUUGCCGAGAGGUAUAACGUGUUUCUAAAUGGAGUUCUUGGUUUCUCGUAUUUUGUUAAACAUUGUGAGAUAUUCGUAUGCAUUCGAUGCGGUUCGUUCUCGGCACUAGUGCAGGGCGGAAGCUUGUGCAGAAAACCAUAUCAUGAUCAUGUAUUUCGACGUAUCUUUGAUGUUUAUCAAUUCUAUGAUGAGUUAAUCAAUUUGUUCGACUUUCACUACGUUAUAAAGUCGGCAUUGGACAUCGCCUACCCGGACAAACCAAUUUAUAGAAAGGCAAAUGGAGUGAAGUAG